AUGGCAGUCCAAGCUCAUGAGCUUGACAGACGCGCCGUCGAUCCUCUAGCGGGAACAUCCGAGUGUGCGAGGACAUGUUAUACAAAGACGAAUGGCACAGAAGCGUUUCGAGGCAGCCAAACCGACGACCUCUGUCGAGACAAGCCACUUUAUCAUAAUGUUGAGAUCUGUGUAAAACACGACUGCAACUUCACCGAGAUAUUGGACUUCAAGAACAAAACGUCCCGGGCAUGCGAGUGGCCGAUCACCGAUCGCCGACAAGAAAUCCGAAUCAGCUGUUUGACGAUAGGCGUGUUAGCUAUGGUCUUCUUUACUAUGAGAGCCAUCUCAAAGAUAAUCGGGUUUGUGCCAUAUGGACAUGACGAUAGCCUCAUCUUAGCAGCUCUGCCGUUUAUUAUUGCAUUUAAUAUUUUCUGUCAAAUCCUCACCUCAAAGGGUCUUGGACUCGAUAUCUGGUUCGUGGAAGACGAUAACAUCCGCACCUUUCUCAUCCUGAUCUUCGCUUCCGAGCUAUCCUACGCGACAGCCCUCGCUCUCGUGAAACUAUCAAUCCUAGCCUUCUUUCUUCGCAUAUUCCCCGACCAAAAGUUCCGCACCAUUGUCCGAUGGACCACGAUCUCUAUUCUGGCCAUAUGUCCCUUAUAUCUAGUCCUAAUCUUCCUUCAACGACGGCCACUCGGUGUUCUUUGGAAUGGAUGGAGGGAUAAGAAUCCGCAAGGUGUUGUCUUGAGUGCAAAUCUCAUAGGGAUAACUCACGGUGCAUGGAACGUUGCUUUGGACAUUUGGAUGAUGAUUCUUCCAAUGACUCAACUUCUCAAAAUCGGAAUCAAGCUGAAGAAAAAGAUUGGAGUUAUUGCUAUGUUUGGAGUGGGCCUCUUCCUCACGAUCGUCAGUUCCGUCCGCAUCCCAACCCUGAUAGUAUUUUCAACGUCACGGAACAUGACCGCUGAUUCUGUCGGAAUAAUAAUCUGGUCAAAUAUCGAGAUUUGUGUAGGCAUGAUGGUAGCAUGCAUGCCUGGAGCACGUCAAUUCGUCCGCGACAUUACACUUCGAGUAAAACGAGGAAGCGAGUCCGAUGGGUCCAGCACUGAGAAUAUCUUUAUUGAGCGGACGAUAGAGACGAUCCAGACUGAUGCGGACGAGACAGUUACGAGUUCAAUAGUGAGACCGGAUGAAGUGCUCUUGUCAAAAUGA